UUCCGUGAGACCCUAAGAGUCUCGUCCAAAUAGGUACAGUGGUGCAUGAGAAGGAAGGCUCGGCGCACUACUUGUGGAUUCACGCGGAAGCAGAUGCUGUUCGCGAAGGGAGCGCUGCGACGCAAGAUGGCGGCGCCCUGAGGAGCUGUGAGCUUGGAGGAGGCACAGUUGAGGAUCUAGCUGUGACCUUGACCUCCUGCAGUCACCAGCACGGAAGAGAAUAAAGCAGCAUGGCACAGCAAGCUAACGUGUGUGAGCAAAUCUAUCUUCUAGAAUCUCCUGACCUGCAACAACUGGAUGACAUCAUAAAGCUCAUAAGUGAACACUUAAGUAAAGAUCGCUCCCCUACUCUGGUGAACAACUUGGUGGAUUACUACCUGGAAACCAGCUCUGAGCAAGCAGUGCUAGUCCUCUCUUUGGUUCAGGAGCCGCAUGACAAGCAUCUCUUGGAUAAGAUAAAUGAAAAUUUAGGUAAAGCUGCUACAAGGUUAUGCACCCUGACACUACUGGGCCAUGUGAUCCGUCGUCAGCCAUCUUGGAAGCAUAAACUGUCGCAAUCUCCCGUCCUUCAGUCCUUGUUGAAGUGUCUCAAAAUAAACACAGAUGUUGUUGUUCUUACCACUGGCGUUCUGGUGUUAAUAACGGUUCUGCCAAUGAUCCCACAAUCAGGAAAACAGUAUCUUCAUGAGUUCUUUGACAUAUUCGGUCGUUUGUCUGCGUGGUGUUUGAAGAAUCCAGGUCAUGUAGCAGAGACUUGUCUUGUCCAUCUCCAUGCCAGUGUUUAUGCACUCUUUCACCGUCUCUAUGGGAUGUACCCGUGUAACUUUGUAUCGUUCCUGCGCUCCCAUUAUAGUAUGAAGGAAAACCUAGAGACGUUUGAAGAAAUAGUAAAGCCAAUGAUGGAGCAUGUGCGGAUUCACCCUGAGUUGGUAACUGGCUCGAAGGAUCAUGAACUAGACCCCAGCAGGUGGAAGAGGUUGGAGACACACGAUAUUGUUAUAGAAUGUGCCAAAAUCUCUCUGGACCCUAAUGAAGCCUCCUAUGAAGAAGGAUACUCUCCACUGUCCACUCGCAUCAGGCAAAGGCAUCAAGACUCUGCACCAAGCCCACACAUGGAUGGCAGCGCCUGUGUGAGCUACUCCUCAACACCCUAUUCCACUCCCAGACAGUGUACGCAGGGGCCACUACCUCACCAUUUAAACACGCAAGGUCUCCUGCUACAAACUGAGCUGCCGCAGGAUGCAAUUUGGAGUCCCACCACCCUAUGUGGAAUGACCACCCCUCCCAACUCGCCCACCACUGUGCCAACUGACCUGUCCCUUGCUUAUUCUCGCCCACCUAGCAAAGGUCUUCAUACGCCCUCCGGCAAAGGAACUCCUAGUGGAACACCAGCAACCUCGCCCCCUCCUGUUUACAGUUCUGAAGAAAGUGCACACAUCUCAAACGUCUACUCUAUAGCAGCACCCCUGAAAAAGAAUGGAGUUGCAGAUCUUGGAAGGUUUGGGUCACAAAGGCAACAAGUCAACAAGGGAGACCAGAGCUAUGAAGAAUCCCCCAAAACGGUUUCACUAAGAGAACUUCCUGAUGUAAUUGAAGGUUUGGCUGCUGAACAAAACAGCACCUGGGAAGCUGCUAUAUCCCAGGAGCUGUCUCAGAUAACUACAUCUGAAAAUGAGCCAGUUGUCCUACGAGGGGGCUUUGACUCUCCUUUCGCUCGGUAUGACAGCCAGCCCAGCUCUCAGAAAAAGCCCGCCUCUUACGGCAUUGUCAGCACUUGUGAGCAGUCAACUGUGCCCCGUUACAAUGGAUCACAGGACACACCCAAACAGGCAUUCACUCCCAUAGAGCGACCCAGUGGUGGGAGGAAUGACACAGUCUCAGGGAAGACACCGAUAACAAACUCUCUGUCCAAUACUGGUAACAUCCUCACUCCUAGUCCCUGUAGAGCCCAAACCAAUAGUGACACUUCUUUCAGCUCUGCCCCAUAUGAACAUCUCUUUGAGGUGGCGUUGCCUAAAACAGCCAACUUGUUUAUCUGCAAGAAGACGGAGGAGCUGUACAAGAUGAAGGCAAGUGACGAUGGAGAAGCAAGCACCCCAUCCAUCUCUCCAGCCGAGGUGCUGGAUCGGCUUAUCCAGCUUGGUGCUGAUGCCCACACCAAAGAGCUGAGAAAGUUGCCUUUACCCAGGAUAUCAGCGGAUUGGACUCAUUUUGGUGCUAAGUUGAUCACAGGGUCUCCCCCAUCAGAUGAAAUCAACACUCUACGAAACCAACUGGUUUUACUGCACAACCAGCUCUUGUAUGAAAGGUUUAAGAGGCAGCAGCAUGCCAUGCGCAACCGAAGACUUCUACGCAAAGUUAUCAAGGUUACUGCACUGGAAGAGCAAAAUGCUGCUAUGAAAGAUCAGUUAAGGCUACAAGAAGUGGACCUCCAUUCCUUAAAGGGGAGUCUGCAGCAGGAACAGACACGCUACCGGAGUUUACAGGAUGAGAAAGACACCCUCAUUACACAACUUCAAAGCCAGAUCAGGCAGCUCCAACAUGACCGUGAAGAGUUCUACAACCAAAGCCAGGAACUGCAGACGAAGCUGGAGGAUUGUCGCAGUAUGAUAGCAGAUCUGCGAUCGGAGCUGAAAAUAGCCAAUAACAAGGUGUGCAACACUGAGCUCCGUCUUAGCCAAGUGUCCCAGAAGCUCUCAAACAGCGAGUCCAUACAACAGCAGAUGGAGUUCCUAAACCGGCAGCUUCUUAUUCUUGGGGAGGUGAAUGAGUUGUACGUGGAACAAUUACAGCACAAGCACACAAAUGCCUCAAAGGAAGUUGAAAUGCUUCAAGCUUCAUUUAAAAAGGAGCUAGAGAAGGCACGUUGCCUUUUUAUUCAGCAAACUCAGAGACUGGAGUGCGCCCAGAAGCGCGUAGGGGAGCUGGAGACCCAGUUGACCAAGAAAGAUCAGCUUUUGUUGGAGCAGAAGAAAUUUUUGGAAGACGUCAAGGCAAAAAGCAGAGGGGAAUUGCAAGCGGCAGAGAGCAGAUACAGCGCACAAAAGCGAAUAACCCAGGGUUAUGAAGUGGAGCUUCUUGCUCUGUACAGCAGAUUGGGGAAGGAAGGCCUUUUGAAAAAACAGUUGGAGGAACGACCUGAAACGGCUGAAGCAGCUGAAGAAAGGUUUGACAUCACAAGUGGAAGUUCUUCUGAUCUGGAGACUGGGGUCAAAGACGAAUUAAAUGGAAGAACUAGUGCUAGUAAAAUGCGAAGGCAAUCAAGCACCUGUAGGGGCGAAGGGAGCAGUGGGAGCAGCAGCAAUCUGUCAACCCCAGAGAAAACAAAGAACUUGCAGUACAGCAGCCAUGACUUGUUGGAACCGCCCUCCAGCGGACAUCUGAAAGUUGGUUCCUAUCCGAAUGCUAAAAGUUUGAUUGGCAUGCGAACCCGUGAGUUGUUCCGCAACAAGAGCGAAAGUCAGUGUGAUGAAGCUGGAAUGAGCAGCCUUUCUGAGAUUCUGAAAGAUAAACUGUGCCGAGAACCUGAUUCUGAGGCAAAUGCAAUCAGCUCCUCGGGGGAAAGUAGUACAGACCCUCCCCGUGUGAGGCAGCUAGAAAUCCCAGACUAUAACUAGACACAUCCUGACCACAGUUAUCAGACGAGCAAUCAGUGUUAUGUCCCUUCUGGCUCCUGGCUCAGACCAAAGGUCUCAAUCUGUAAUGCCUAGCUGCUCCUGCAGUGCAGUUGUAGCAGCCGUACUGAACUGGAAAUGACCAUCACAUAUGGACUCUUUAAACCGUAUUUCAGUGACCCUCCUUCUCUCUAAUUCUGUCAUCUCAGAACAUUCUUGCUUUAUGAUUCUCCCUUCUGUCACAGCACAUUUAUUAUAUAGCUACAGAAACAAGUGAGCUGAGAGUAGCAAGCUGGCCACUUACGGUAUUUCUCUCCAUGUGCUCAUAGCUGGAGACUGGUAACAUUUUUCUUUGGUGAUCUAACGGAUCAUUGAGUAAUUACAUAAAUAGGUUUUGCAUCUCUUCAUGAAAGCACAGGAAAUUAUUGGCAGAGCUGAAGUACCCUCUGUACCAGCCCCAACAUCUAUGGCAACCCAUCGGACACCAGAGUGUGGCUCUAUCUAGUAUUUUCAUAGUUACCAGUGGGUGCCAAAUAAGGUAAGGGACCAACAGCUUCUCAUGCCAGCCCCGUUUAUACAGCAUUAAUAUGCCCUAACUCAUUGUGUUACAUACUCAGUCUGCUUUACCGCCCUAUUUUUCUUUUGUACCUUUAACUCACUAUUUCAUUUUUGCAAUAACUUUUUUUUUUUUUUUCAGAUGUGAAGCUUUAAAUAAUGUAAAUUGCACUUUUCUGACUAAACACUACAUAGAAGUAUCCUUUAUUUUUGUCUGAUAUAAUUUCAUGUAGUGGAGUAGAUGAUCCGAUUUUUGUACAGAAAUUCUGGCGUUGACUGGUUCGGUCAUUUUCUUGACUACCCAGUGCUACUGUAAAAUCUGUUCUGUGUA